CAUCUCAUGCUCCUCCAAAACCAGUUUUACAGGCUUUAGGACGUCACGAGAUCUUAGUACAGUGGGAACACCCGCCAAGACCUCUGGGAAGAAUCAACAGCUUCGAAGUCAAGAUCAAUGACAUCAUCAUCUACACAGGGAUCGAGAAGAGUUGUAUCGCGAGGUUUCUAAAACCGAACACAGAUUAUGUAGUUACGGUUAGCGCCUGGACGAGUGAAGGUCGAUGCGAGAGCCUUCCAGCUAAGAAGAGAACAGCGCGGGAGAUAUACCAUGCCACUCCGAACCCUCGAGUAAAGACAAAUAAACAGACGACAUCUAAACGAAGCACGAAUAAACAACCUAAAACAGUCCCUAUUAGAAAGCCACUUUAUCCCUACGACUCAAAAACACUUGAAAAAGGAACCGAAAAAUCAGAUCUGAAGAGGGCGAAAACAGCAGGCAUCCURACCGUUCCUACAGCCGAAAGUCCAACCAAAAACGAAGCCAAAGGAAAACCAACCAGGGUUAGUUCGUCUGUGGAUAAYAGAUUCCGUCCAACUACAGUAAGCACAAUACUUGAUAAUAACGCCAACAAAACCUCGAAGAAAAAUCCAGGUCGAAAAAGCUCUAUUAACAAGACUACGCUGUCUUCAUCGCUUGAUUCACUGAAGGAUACUAACAGAAGAGAUACAAAGGACGUUUUUCAAGACAAGUCAYUGAAUAUCGAUAGCAGACGAGCACAGUUUUCUAGAAGGGUGUCCAAAUCCGAGAAAGCCGAACAAGGGAGAGCCCCGAAAGGUCUUCCAAGGCGCAGUAGUUUACCAGGAAUCCCUAUGUCUUACUCGCGUACCAAACCUAGAACUAACAGAUUUUCACCAGCCAAUGGCAGAACAGAUAAAUCACCGUCGACUAUCUCAUCCAGGGGGUCUUCUGACUCAGACGACAAAGAUAGGCCGUCACCUGUGAAUCUAACAGACGCACUUGUAUCCAUGAAGAUCAAUAAACCCCAAAGUAGACGCGCAGAUGAGAAACCAUCAAACAAAUCCACCUUUGCUGCCUCCGUCAAAGAACUGAAGCACGUGCAUCGUAGUAACCAGACGUCCAAACGAGAUCAACUAUCGYUUGAGACGGCUCCACCCCUGGUAACAACAGGCUCUGCGCAAAGGCUCAAGAAAAAAGACUCUUACAGACCUUGACUGAAACGCUGGUGUGAUAAUAUGUUGGUGUAAAUCUUUCUCACACGGCAGCUGGUGUACGAACCAUAUAUUCGUGAUAAAGCACAAAAACUAAAUAGCACUAAACGCAUCAUUCUAUUUCUUUUGUUUUUAAUUGUUUCAUUAGUGCCAUUGUGUACUAAUUAGYUAGUACUAUUUCACGAAYAUAUGGUUUGCACUCUCUGUUGGUUGGAGCUAGCAGAAGAUCCCCCCCCUGUGUACACUUGAAUUUAGACGCCUCGGGAUGAAUUCAGUUACGCGCACAGAAACAAGGUUUUUAUCCUAAUAGAGAUGGCAGCCAUGUUGGGUGGCAGGAACAAUACAAUCGUUUUUCAUAAGAAAGAAUUCAAAUCCCGAGAGCAAAGGGAUUUUUAUUGUUCUGCCAUCUUACCACAGGCAGCCCAAGCUGUAUUAUGGGUACCAGCACAUGAUGGUGCAAAACCUCUUGGGAAUAAUCAUGGCACAAUGAAUAUUCAUGGCACAAUGAAUAUUCAUGGCACAAUGAAUAAUCAUGGCACAAUGAAAUGAUGCAUUAUUAGAGGCGAGGUGCAUUCUGGUCUAGCAUGGGUACAAUCUAUCAUCACCAUAUAAGUUUUGAUGAACUGAUCUUUCAAAUAAGAAGCUYUUAUUAAUCUUACAUGCAAAAAGUAUUCGGGACCUUCGAAACGUUACUGUCCAUGACUGCCUCUUCAUCAUGCGCAGUCAGUAUAGGUGCUGAGUGAGGAAAAGACAUUAUUUAUUGAAUGAAAARUUGGUUCACCCAGUAGUCCAGUUUCGAGUUCCAAAAUACCGCUKUSUUYCWUGAUUACAGACUCAUUUGCUCRGGCUAAGCCUCGAAUCAGUGU